GUAAACCUUUAUAAAUGAGUUAAAUAGUAAUACAUAGACGUUAACAUGAACGGUUUCAAUCAGUCACGGGUUAUGAGACGGUUAAUUUAACAGUAAACGUUAUCAGGACGGACCUCACUUUAAAUAUCCAAAGACCAUGCAAGCGACAGGUGCAAAGCCAUUUUAAGAUAAGCUACUCUAUAAAUUGACGCUAUAACAUCAGAAAUACGGUAAUAUACUGGUGAACAUUGUGUUUUUAAGGUAUAAUACAGCUGUGUGCGAGCACCACUGCGCAGGCGCUGAAGCCUACGUCAUUUACGUGCCUUAAUUAUCGGAGAAGCCACAUGCACUGUUUCUACUGCGCGUUCCCGCCUGUGUACCUGUCUAUGGCUGGGUUCUUGAUCAUGAAUGAAGAUGCUUGGAGGAAAGUCAGUACUAUUUUGUGUGUAAAUGUAUACUAUGUACUUAAACCCUGAUGUCCAAAUUGUAGUAUCAUGCAUCAAUACACGUUUAUAAUUGGUUAUACUGGUUAUCAGUGUUUAUUGUACUGGAACUAACUAUCACACCCUUUAAUUCAGCAGGUAGGUUUGAAAUAAUACAGCCAUUUCGAUAGAGAUACACAAGCAGUCUUAAACAAAUAUUAAACCAUAUUUUAAGGCAUUGUAUUUGCACAAAUGAACAAGGGGUUUAGUGCAUGUGUGUUUGAGAGAGUGCUGGGUGCACAUUCCUGUAAUUCCUGCAGCAGAGAGGUGAGUGGCAUUUGGUUAUGAAUGGCCUGGGUUGGGCUACUUGUUGCUUUGGCUUAUAUUCAACUAACAACAGAAACCAAAUUCAGGAGCAGAGGUGAAAACUGCUACUGCUCACCUUUCAGCAAAUCUGAAUUGGAUAUAUGUUGGGUUUAGCAUACUAUAUUUGUAACUAGUACUACUAAGGAAAAUAUUUAUAUAAUCUUUGACAGUGAAAUUAUUCAAAUAGAUGCAUCUACAUAUACAGCAUGCUCACAGAUUAGAAUGGAGAAACAAAAGUGUGUCUGACAUUGAUAAACACUUUAAGGGUGGAUUUGUAGUGGACCAUAUGUGGCUAAUAGAUAUCACUACCCUUGUGAAUUAAGCUAAUGUUGCUAAUUAAUGCAGGAAUAAGCUAUGUGAGUCACACUUCAAGAAUUUAAUCACACCCCGUUUAAUUUUCUGUGUCACUUCUGCAGACUAUUUUUGUAAUCUAAUGUAAUACUGGACUUUCUUGUCUUUCCCUGGUGACAUAACUGUUUCCCCAUAGCUGAUCAAUACACACUUAAGCAUUCAGACUUCCCCUCUCACCUACAUCUCGUUCUCAAAUGAAGGUCAGAGAUGACACAACCAGCGACUCUAUUGGCCUGUGGGAAGUUAAUCAUUAUGUCUAUUGACAACCACAGAGAGGAUCUGAGGCGUGUGACACUUGCAUUUCCUGAGGCUGAUAUCUCCAGAGCUUCCCUUCUCUUCCUGUCUGCCCUUUUCCUGUCAACAGACAUGGCCAAGCUGAGGCCCAAAGCAGAGAGCCAGGGCGAGGGUCCUGACGGGGGCUAUGGUUGGGUGCUGGUGGGCGCGCUGUUCGUCAGCACCAGCCUCGUGUUCGGCCUGAUGAGAAGCUUGGGGAUAUUCUUUGUGGAGUUUGUUCAAUACUUUGAUGAGAGCGCUCAGGCCAUUUCCUGGAUCUCUUCCACCGGCCUGGCAGCUCAGCAGUUCUUCAGUCCUCUGGGUGCAGCGCUGUGUAAUGCAUAUGACACCCGGUGGGUGGUGAUGACGGGGGGCUGCCUGGCUGCACUCGGACUCAUUCUUGCCUCGCAGGCCACUUGUCUGGUUCACCUCUACCUCACCAUGGGAGUCAUUUCAGGUCUGGGCUGGGGGCUGGUCUUCACUCCCAUGGUGGCGACAGUCAUGGCUAACUUCACCCGCCGGCGCACCCUGGCGUUGGGGCUGGCGUUCUCCAGCAUCGGCCUCUCCUCCUUCGCCUUCAACCCGCUCUUCCAGCUGCUGGUGGAGCUGUACACCUGGCGGGGGGCCCUCCUGAUCCUGGGGGGCCUCAGCCUCAACAUCGUGCCCUGUGGGGCUCUCAUCGGCCCACAGAGGCGCUCUAAAGCCCCUGCAAAGGUGGUUUCAGAGAGCGGAGUAUCCUGUGCUUCCUUCCUGCAGAGGGCCUCCUCCUACCUGGAGCUGCCGCUGCUGUUCGAGCGGCCGUACAUCACCUACACGUUGGCCAUCAGUCUCCUUAACGUGGGCUACUUCGUGCCGUAUUUCCACCUGGUGGCCCACAGCCGCCAAGUGGGCUUCUCGGAGUACCAGGCUGCUUUCGUCAUGUCUGCCGCCGGUGCUACGGACAUUCUGGGUCGCAUAGCGUCGGGCUGGUUCUCAGACCUGGGCCACUUCCGGCUGAUCCACCUGCUGAGUGUGUGGACCACCCUGGCGGGGGUCUUCAUCAUGCUGCUGCCUGUGAGCUCCUUGUCCGGAUCGUACGCCGCUCUGAUGGUGAUCAGCCUGCUCUACGGCUUCUGCUCCGGGGCGCUGACCUCCCUGGUGUUCGCGGUGGUGCCUAUGAUUGUGGGCGUGGAGCGCAUGAUGGGGGCCCUCGGGCUGCUGCAGCUGAUCGAGAGCGGCGCGGGACUGCUGGGGGCCCCACUGUCAGGGUUACUGAAGGACAUCACCGGGGACUACACGGCGUCCUUCAUGGUAGCGGGAGGUUUCGUUGUUCUCGGUACUCUGACCAUGGUUACCCUGCCUCACUAUUUCUCCCGUAAGGAUCCCCCGCCCCCCAAAAGCCUCUCCCCUGAGGACCCAGAUAAGGCUGCUGAGCUGAAACAGAUGCAUAGUUCACCUUCAGACAUGAAUGAUCUGACAGGGGAAGUAACCAAUAACCGCCUUCCUGAAGACACAUAUAGUUAAUGUGCUACCUAAAAAGGCUUACCUCAAAGAUUCAAACCCAAAGAAGAAAGAGGCUAACUGUGAAACUCCGACAGCACAACGGGGCCAGUGUGUUCCCGACUCUGUUACACAUCCUAACCUCAGUUUAAUAUUUAGGCCAGCAACGUCUGCCUAUAAUAAACAUUAGGCAUUUCAGCAUUUAUUUUUGCAAUGUACAGAUGUGUUGCUUUAUAUGCACAGUAGAUAGGAAAUGUGUAGGAAAAUGUGAAAUAUAUGAUUUUAUUGUUUCCUUAUACUUCACAAAGGAACUUAGAAUCCGUUUUUUUUGUGUAUCUGAAUGUAACAUGCUGAAUCACUGACCAGCAUAUUUCAAUGUUGCACUUUCAUGAUUUAUCUUCACUAUUGUUAUUUAAAAUGUUAUUUUAAUGAGGCACGGAUGACAGAGCACCAAAGAUAUGGUUUAUCAGAAUGGCCGGAUUAUUUCUCCUGCUGUCUGUAUUGUGUGUGUACAUCUCCAAAAAACAUUUAAGUACACACUGCAAAUACACAUGGACGUUUAUUAGUCCUUUAGCCUUUCUGUUAAUAUUGUGCAUAUUUUUAUACAUUCCAAAAUCUCAAUGUGUUGGUUUUUACACUCCUGUGUAAUUGAUGGAUAUAGAUUAAUGAUUAUAAGAAAGUGAAUUUCUUAUUAUUAGCAGGACUAAUUUUUACUUUUAAUCGAGGCAUCAUGUUGCUCAUUACAAGAAUCGUAUUUCACAAGUUCAUUUUGUUGACAGAAUCAUUGAUGAAUGAGCACUUUGUACUUUUUGUAAAGCGAAAACAGACUAUUAAAAUCACAGAUUGCCAGGUCGGCAUGACAGAGAGUCACUGUGACCCUCUGGCUAAUUUUUGCAAUUCAUGUCGUGUGACUUCUAAGUAUGACUCUUGCUCACACAGGCAGCUACUGAAUGGAAGGGUUGGAGGUGUGAAAUAUGUGCCUUAAUAACCGGUUAUCCUAGCAGGUGAAUGAUCCAUAGCCGAUUUUGUUUUGUAAUGUUGAUUAAAACGCAAUGUAUUUUUGUUCAAACACAUCUCCACCUUGUCCUUUUUUGUCUGUCAUAAACUUUUUAAGCAGGA